AUGGCCGGUACCCCUGCCGACGCAGGAGAUGAUGGCUCCGCCCUGGUUGUCAACUUCAAGGGGAACCCAGCAGACAAGUCUAAGACCGGCGGAUGGUUCUCCGCAGGCCUAAUCUUAGGUUCUGCUGCCAACCCUUCUCUCUCUCUCUCUCUUGCUCUCACUCUCUCUCGAUUUCUGAUUCCGGGACACGCACUGUUCAUCUUGUAGUUACGGAACUGGCAGAGAGGGUCUGCGUCAUUGGCAUCUCCGUCAACUUGGUGACCUACAUAGUUGGAGAUCUACACCUCUCCACCUCGGCAGCAGCCAACAUUGUGACCAACUUCUUGGGCACACUCUACCUGCUGGCUCUCCUUGGCGGCUUUCUCGCUGAUGCCAGACUCGGCCGCUAUCUCACCGUCGUCAUCUUCGCAAUCGUCGCCACAAUAGUAAGCACAUUAUACGCUUGAGCCUGAUCUCUCUCUGAGGUGGAGCUGAUCGUGUCUCUCUCGUGGGGGAUGGCAGGGCGUCAGCCUGUUGACGGUGGCAACGAUGCUACCGAGCAUGAGGCCGCCGCCGUGCAGUGGUUUCCGCCAGAAUCACCAAGACUGCGAAGAGGCCAGCACCGGGCAGCUGGUUCUGCUCUAUGUGGCGCUCUACACCACCGCGCUCGGUGCCGGCGGCAUCAAGGCCAAUGUUUCGGGCUUCGGCACGGACCAAUUCGACUGCGACGACCCGGAGGAGGAGAAGGCAAUGGUCUUCUUCUUCAACCGAUUCUAUUUCUGCAUCAGCCUGGGCUCCCUUUUUGCGGCCACAGUGCUGGUUUACCUGCAGGACGACGUCAGUAGAGACGUAGGGUACGGCGUAUCGGCAGGAGCCAUGGCCGGGGCGGUGGUGUUGCUUCUGGCGGGGACGCCGCUGUACCGGUACAGGUUACCGCGGGGGAGUCCGCUCGCAGUGUUGUGGAAGGUAUUCUACUCGGCGUGGAGGAAGAGAAGGCUGCCUUAUCCGGCCGACGCCGGCGAGCUUCAUGAAUAUCACACCUCCAAGGUCUCCAACACCCAGCGCUACAGGUGCGUCGACGCUGCCAGGAAUCUGGGGACGUGGGCAAUCGGAACUUAGGAUGAUUGAAAGGUCAACAGCUGGGUGGGGGCCCAGACAUACUCUUUAUUAGGAUGAUCGCUGCGUUUGUAUUGAUCUUUUUGUUCACCAGGUGCCUCGACAAAGCAGCACUGGUCGCGUGCACCGCCCCCAGUGGAGGAACCACCGCCUCCAAAGGAAAACCCAGAGCUUCAACUGAAAACCUCUGCAGCGUCACGGAGGUAGAGGAGACGAAGAUGGUGCUGAAGCUCAUCCCCAUCUGGUCAACCUGCAUCCUCUUCUGGACCGUCUACUCCCAGAUGACCACCUUCUCGGUCGAGCAGGCCACCUAUAUGGACCGCCACAUUGGAUCCUUCGUCUUCCCCGCCGGGUCCCUCUCCUUCUUCCUCUUCGCCACCAUCCUCCUCUUCACCUCACUCAACGAGCGCCUUUUCGUCCCCCUCGGCCGGCGCCUCACCGGCAACCCCCAGGGCCUCACCAGCCUCCAGAGGGUCGGAGUGGGUCUCGUCUUCUCUAUACUCGCCAUGGCCGCCGCUGCCGUGGUGGAGCGCCAGAGGCGGGAGUCCGCCAUCCGCCGCCACCACAACAUCAGCGCCCUCUGGCUCGUCCCCCAGUUCUUCCUGGUGGGUGCUGGCGAAGCCUUCGCCUACGUGGGUCAGCUGGAGUUCUUCAUCAGGGAGGCCCCCGAGAGGAUGAAGUCCAUGAGCACCGCCCUCUUCCUCGCCACACUCUCUAUGGGCUUCUUCGUCAGCAGCUUGCUGGUCUCUCUCGUGGGUAAGGCCACAGGGGAGAGGUGGAUCAGGAACAACCUAAAUAUGGCCAGACUCGACUACUUCUACUGGAUGCUGGCGGUGCUUGGCCUGAUAAACAUCGUCAUCUUCCUGGCCUUCGCAAGACGACAUCAGUACAAGGUCCAGCAGCCGGAGUUGAGCUGCAAUGGGGAGAGGGAGCUCAAGGACUGUAAACGCGACGCAGAGGGGAAGAUGGACAUCGUCUAG